GGCCGGGCGGGGUCCGCUCCCCGAGGAGCGAUGGGGCCGGACAGUCGGGGCAGGGGCCGCGGGGCAGAGGUGGCGGGGCGGCCCUGGAGCGGCGGGGGCCGUGCACUGCCCGGCGGCCCCGCGGCUCGGCGGAGGGCCCCGCGUCGCCAUCUCCUGCCGCUGCUAUUGCUGCUGUUGGCCGCGGGGGCCGAGAGCCAGGCGGGCCCCAGCUCCGACCCGCUCGGCGCGGGCUCCCCCGCAGGCCCCGGCCUCAGCGUCUACAUGAGCGAAGAGGAGGUGCGCCGGCUGAUCGGUCUUGAUGCAGAGCUAUAUUAUGUGAGGAAUGAUCUUAUUAAUCACUACGCAUUGUCCUUCAAUCUGUUAAUACCCAGUGAGACCAACAGUCUUCAUUUCAGUUGGCAUGCUAAAUCCAAGGUUGAAUAUAAACUGGGAUUUCAGGUAGAUAAUGCUAUGGCUAUAGAUAUGCCUCAGACUAAUAUUUCUGUACAAGGAGAAGUCCCUCGUGCUUUAUCAGUGUUUCGUGUUGAACUCUCCUGCACAGGCAGACUAGACUCUGAGGUUACAAUAUUAAUGCAGCUCAACUUAACAAUAAAUUCCUCAAAAAAUAUCACAGUCUUAAAUUUCAAACGAAGGAAAAUGUGCUACAAAAAAUUUGAACAAGAAGUAAAAACUCCAACAUCUGACAAAAACAGCAGCAAAGCUAUUUUUGAUCCUGUAAAUGCCGCUCCCACCACUUCUACCCGUGUGUUUUAUAUCAGUGUAGGGGUUUGCUGUGCUGUUAUAUUCCUGGUGGCAAUAAUAUUAGCUGUCUUGCAUCUUCAUAGUAUGAAAAGAAUAGAGUUGGAUGACAGCAUUAGUGACAGCAGCAGCUCACAAGGUUUAUCUCAGCCCUCUACACAGACGACACAGUACCUGAGAGCUGACACCCCUAACAAUGCCACACCAGUAACCAGCUCCUCAGGUUAUCCUACAUUACGGAUAGAGAAGAAUGAUCUUAAAAGCGUCACUAUGAUGGAGGCAAAAGCUAAAGUGAAGGACAUAGCAAUCUCCAGAGAGAGGAUAACUCUAAAAGAUGUACUCCAAGAAGGCACCUUUGGACGCAUUUUCCAUGGAAUUUUAAUAGAGGAAAAAGACCCCAGUAAAGAGAAACAAGUUUUUGUCAAAACAGUCAAAGAUCAAGCCUCAGAAGUGCAAGUGACAAUGAUGCUGACAGAAAGCUGUAAACUCCGAGGCCUUCAUCACAGGAACCUGCUCCCUAUCACCCAUGUCAGUAUAGAAGAUGGGGAGAAACCCAUGGUGCUGCUGCCUUUCAUGAACUGGGGGAACCUUAAACUGUUCCUGCGCCAGUGCAAGUUAGUAGAGGCCAACAAUCCUCAGGCAAUUUCCCAGCAGGAUCUUGUUCAUAUGGCUAUUCAGAUUGCCUGUGGAAUGAGUUAUUUAGCCAGAAGGGAGGUCAUUCACAAAGACCUGGCUGCUAGAAACUGUGUCAUUGAUGAUGCACUUCAGGUCAAGAUUACAGACAAUGCGCUAUCCCGAGACCUAUUCCCCAUGGACUAUCAUUGUCUGGGAGAUAAUGAAAACAGGCCAGUGCGGUGGAUGGCUCUUGAAAGCUUGGUUAACAAUGAAUUUUCCAGCGCUAGUGAUGUGUGGGCAUUUGGAGUAACACUGUGGGAGCUGAUGACUUUGGGGCAGACUCCGUAUGUGGAUAUUGACCCUUUUGAGAUGGCUGCAUAUCUAAAGGAUGGAUACAGAAUAGCUCAGCCAAUCAACUGCCCUGAUGAACUGUUUGCUGUGAUGGCCUGUUGUUGGGCCCUAGAUCCUGAGGAAAGACCCAAAUUCCAGCAGCUAGUGCAAUGUCUAACGGAAUUCCAUGCAGCUCUGGGAGCCUAUGUCUGAAGCUUCAGACAUGGAUUUCAUAUGCUACUUGGGAAGGGACAGUGCAUACACGUCCAGCGCCAUGCAUCACUUGGACCUACUCACGCACUACAUGUAUAAAGCAACGCCAAUGGGAGAAAGCACUUCUUCCAAAACACUGUGCCUUAGAAUGCUUUUGUAGCCUGACUUUUUUGUAAGACCUCUUGAUGUUGAGUAUUUUCUAGAUAUCACUUUUGCUAAGUUAAAUUGAGACAGUUUUAUUUGCCACCUGGUUUUCUAAAAUAUAGUGAUAGUGAACUUGAACACAAGAGUUGGAUGGACUUUUGCACUGUUACAACAGACACAAAGUUGGUUUUUUAAAGGUUAUUUUAGAGCUGGUAGGAAAAGGGAGAAAUUAUGCAAACAACAUUGCAGAGACUUUUCCCAUUUAGAAACUGAAAUUUUCUGACCGGCUCUAGUGCUUGAUCUUGUAUGUAUCUGGAAUAGCUUUUUAGUAUCAACUGCUUUUCUUUUGAGACGAUGGCACAAAAACAUUGGGUCCAUAAGUGGCAUCUUAUUUUUUAACCCAUUCUUCAUCAACGGUUCUUGGAAAAGCUGGUCUUCAAGAUGCAAUAUCACCUUUCUAAGACGAUAAGCAAUUAUGUAAAAGAGAUUCCAGUUUACCUCAUACAGAGUGGUAAGGAUUGGACUGAAUGGAGCCUGUUCUUGCAAAUGAAAGGUUGACAUGAUUUAAGAUAGUUCAAAAUGCUAAGUAGAGGCCUUCAGAGAAGCAUCAAAAUAGCCCUUAUUUGGGUGCCUUUCACCUCAGAUUUCUAGAUUGCAGUUUCUCUUGCUGAAAAGGUACUGGUUGUUUUUAGGGUUUUUAUGGCCUGAAAUGGGCUUAAAUACAUAAAUAUAUAUUUGUAAAGACACACACUUGCAGAGUAAAGAAUGUUUUUCUUUUAUAAUGAUUGUGGAAAUUGAAUUCCUAACAUUGGCUAGUGUAUCAAGCUUGCAGGUUCUGAAAUAUAUCUUUAUUAGGACCAGUUUAAGUAGUUAUGUAGCCCACUGUGAAGGCAUUAGAUUGCACCUCCCUUAACUGCAAAGCCCAAAGAUUCAACAUGUAUUGUUAUCUUACCCACCCCCAUCUGCCCCAGACUUCUAUGCAAUCUCACCGGGGGAGGGGAUAGGGAUGUUCCAUCCUGUUGGUGAGCUGUAAGUAACAUCCAGAGUAUAGGUCUGGCUUGUAGGGAAAUGGAGGAUGGAGGUUUCCAUUGAUUCAGCUUGAGGCUAAGAGGAGAAUUUUCACUUUUUCAUGAGAUUCAAGCUGCCUCCAUUAGAGCUCUCAGGCAGCAUGGAGCAGCCUAUACUUCAGAUCAUACGGCACAUAAGCACAACCAGCAAGCAUCCCACUAGUUUCACUCAAUCUUUAGGAUGAGAGCCCCAUACCCUGAAGCUCCCUGCAGCUGUGUGGCCAUUGUUGUCAGAACAGGCCCUGUACCUGAUGGUUAUUGACACCAAGGUUUAGAAAUCUGACUUACAAGGACAAGACAUUAGACUUGGCUAUGAUAUGUGCAAAUUAAAAAUUAGAGCAGCCUUUCUCAAACUUCAGAAAUCUGAGCCCCCUUUCAGGAAAAUAAAACCAGUCUCUCCCCAGCCACAUUAAGGCAGUAUCUGGGAAGAGUUUGUGAUGCCACUGUAUGUAUACCCCUUUCCUCCCCGAGCUGUGCCUUCAUACUUUCUAUAGCACGUACCCUGUAAUUUGGGAAACAGAACUAGAAAAUGUUAAGUCCCUCAAAUAGAAAAGCUGUCUUUAUCCUUACAUGGAGAGGUCCUCAACCUGUGAUUGGAGAAACAAGUCAUGUUUCAUUCCAAACAACUUUUCCUGAUCAUUGUAAUGAGCUGUAAUAAUAAAUGCUGACACACCCAUUGAG